GACAUACUAUAUUACGAUGAGGAUGAUUACUACUAUGUUGUCGACCGAGUGAAGGAUCUCAUAAAAGUCAAUGGAAUGCAAGUUUCACCUUCUGAAUUGGAGGACAUUAUUCUAACGGAUCCUUGGGUUCGAGAAGUGGCAGUGAUCGGUAUCGAACACCCAAAAAGUGGCCAAGUACCGAAGGCAUUUGUGGUACUCGAAGAAGGUGUGAAUCAGGAUGUUGCAAAAAACCGUAUUAUUUCAAUCGUUAAAGCUAAGCUCACGCCCUACAAACAGCUUCGUGGUGGGAUUGAGAUUGUGGAGAUGUUGCCGAAAACGAGCAGUGGAAAAAUCAAGCGUUGUGAACUUCGAGCUCCGUUGAAGUAG